AUGGCAUCCGAUACGUCCCGAAGAGCCUUUUGGGCGCAGCUCAAAAAAACUAGGAUUCCUGAGACGCUGAAUUGCGUUGCAGACGACGUGCAGCUUCGUGUCAAAGCCUGCGAUGACGAAAUCGCUUUCGCUCGUGCCUACGUCCAAGAACUCAGCGCCGCGCGUAAUGCCCUCGUAUCUACCACCCAAUUCCCCUCCGAGAUAUUUACGUCCAUUUUCCACUUCCUUGUGCCUGUACUCUCGGAGACACGCAGCCUCGGGAAGUGGAAUCCUUUGGACACGGAUUCUGAGAUUGCCGCUGGCACACGCUCCCUCAUUGCAGCUUCUCACGUCUGUCGGCGAUGGCGCGAAGUAGCGCUCGAAUGUUCCGCUCUGUGGACGGUUCUGUGGACGGAGAACAUCUUCUGGCUGCCCGAGAUGCUCAAUCGCGCAAAGAAUAUGCCAUUGGCCAUCGUGCAGCCGCAAAGUCACGGUUUUCAGCCCUGGUCCCAGCCACAGCAGGCUAGCCCAAGGAAUCCGAGCGAGAACAUAGACUUUCUCAUACCACUGCUCUUUGAUACAAAGCAGCCUAGAUAUCUGUGCUUAUACCUAAAUAUGCAGAGCCAAGUGUCAACGGACUCCUGGGCUGACGUAUUAUUACGGCCAGCUCCUUACCUGGAGGUUUUAGAGGUGGUGGUCACGGUACUGCCUCCCGAUUUCCUCCCGUUCAGCAUUCCUGCCACCUUACUUGGACGAAACGCCCCUGCUUUGAGGAGUCUAAUAUUGCAGGGUCCUAUCUCUCACGAGGCCUUAUGGCCCUCACCGGUGCUCCGUGGACUUGUAAGCCUGCAGUUAGGAUCGGCCCCCAUGGCGUUCAUGGGGAACGUAUCACUACGGGAUGUGCUGAAAGCUCUUCGACACAUGCGACAGCUGGAGACAUUAACCAUUGAAUUCCCCUCAAUAUAUCUUCAAUCUUCACCGCAGGCAUCCUACUUUCUCUCGAACAGCACGCAGGAAGACGGUGCAAUUCACCUUCCACGACUUGCACACUUAUGCAUGAAAGGUAGCGUGAUGGACAUGACGGCUCUUUCGAAAUGCAUUGUGAUCGCACCAAACGCUGAGAUGCAGUAUGAUAUCACGCUCUCUAUUACAGAUGUCUGCUCUCAAUUAGCAGACGAUAUUUCAGCACUUUUGCACCCAGCUCCUAUGACUCACUCAACAGUCGAGACAUACGAAAUCACCUUCUCCGCCCAGACUGAUCCCAUGAUCGGUAUCCGAUGCUGGGACCAAGUGCUCGCACUCGACCAUUCUUCGUUACGGCACCCUAGAUGCCCGAGAUUGGCACUUACUUUCUUCGUUUACACCAAUCAUGUGGUUGGGCAAUUCCCGCUCAGCGUAUCCGAUUUCCUUGUGCGAAAUACAAGGGCACUCAUCGACAUAAUGGACAUGCUAUCUCCCUUCCUUCCUUUUGACCGCUCUCGUGACUUACGAUUGCUCCUGGAGGGUUGGGGGUCCGAUCCUGACAUCUUAGCCACCCGUAAUGAUUCUACCCGCGACCGCCUUCUCCAGCACUUCUAUACAACUAGAAGACUUGUCUUCGAAAACUUCCACGUUUGCCGGGAUAUUCUAUCAGGCAUAGCAUCCAACACCACUCUCCUUCGCCACUUGAACAGUAUCCAUUAUUAUGGACGCCGAUCGCCGGAUCCCUUGAAUUUGUGGGCACCUCCAAUCAUCGAGCCUUCAGAGCAAGAGCUCCGUGAUCUUGCUGCGGACCUUCGUCGUGUCGCUGAAACACGGCAGAUCCAGACAUUCGAAUGGCGCGGGGGACCUCUCACGGAAGAAUAUGCACAUCUAUUCGAAGGUAUUGCUCAAGAGCUGAUCUGGUCGUGA